GCUCAGUGGAUGUCUUGAAUUUAGAAUCGUACCCUAAUCCCCCGCUACUCACAGUCUGUCUGAGGACCAGCAAUCUGGGCAUCUCUGGGGCACAUGUCAGAAACGCAGCCUCUCAGCCUGCACCCCAGACCUGCCGAAUCAGAAUCUGUACUUUAACAGGACCCCAGAACCAGCGGGAAAAAGGAGCAAAGUGUCUUGGAGAAGGGACUGAAGAACUGGUGGAUCUGGAGAUGGGUAAGGGAAAGAGGGCACAGCAGGCACCUGGUAGGGCUGGAGUCCAGGUGGCACAUGUGAGUCCGGAUAGAGGUUGGCUCUGCUCUGCUCACUUCAGGACCAAAAUGUUCAUUCUCCAAUUGCCAGAAGAACUGGCUGCUGACAGCUUACCUCUGAGUCCUUUUUUCUGGAAUUGUUCUCAGCUGACAAGAGAUACUUUGCCUAAUUUUAUGUUCCUCAGCUUGCAUCCAAUGACUGGCUGAUGGCGUCUGCUUCAGAAUGUACACAGAAGGUGAGGCUAAGAAGAUAGGAGUGGUUGGCUGGGUGAAGAAUACCAACAAAGGCACUGUUACAGGUCAAGUGCAAGGCCCUGAGGAGAAAGUCAACUCCAUGAAGUCCUGGCUGAGCAAGGUUGGAAGUCCUAGUUCUCGCAUUGACCGCACGGACUUUUCUAACGAGAAAACCAUCUCUAAACUUGAAUAUUCUAAUUUUAGUAUUCGAUACUAAUAGAAAUGAAAUGUAUAGACUACAUAAUAGACACUAUAUAUUCUUAUGUAUUAGGGCAAUAGUAGCAGAGUAGUAAAAGGAACUUUGAUCUGAAAGCUAUAUUAUACAGAUUACUAAAAAUGUCUGACACUGAAAUAGCUUUACUCAACUAUGUUUUUCACAAGCAAAAAUUAGUAUCUAAAAUAAAAAUGUCAUUAUAAAAUAUUUAAUAUGAAUUUUUAAUUUAAACUUGUCUCACGAAAACUAAUUCUAAUGAAUGUUAUAGCUUACAUGUUAUUUGGCUAGGCUAGACAUAAUAAAGUUAACCAUUUAAAAAGUAUUUUUCAGUACUGUUAUCUGAUUUGAAUUCUGAAAACCUUCCAAAUAAUAACUGUUAGUAAAGUUGCGUAAUUUUAAUUACUCAAGAAGAACCAGUAGUUAGAUAUAAACGUAUAUGAUGAUUAGUAUAACCCCAAAAUAGUAUCAAGAAAGAGUUAAAUUUUUAAGUUCUGAUUGAGAACAUGGUUCAUUACUUGGGUUGGCGCUCCUUAAUGCAUUCUGUGAACUACUUU